GAGCGAAGAUUUAGAAAGGCAAUUCUAUAUUCUUCAUUUAAAGGGGCAAUUGGAAGCAGAGGAGCAUUACGAUGUGUACAUGGAAUUCUUAGGCAGUUUGAAUGACAGACUUGCGGGUUUCUAUAGAAGUUCUUAUAAAGAUGCCACUGGUGAGACGAGGUGGCUAGCAACCACUCAGUUCCAGCCGACGGAUGCCCGCCGAGCGUUUCCUUGCUUCGAUGAGCCUGCACUCAAGGCCACCUUCAACAUCACCAUUGUCCACUUGAGCAAUAUGACGAGCCUGUCCAACAUGCCCAUCAUUUCUGCUUCGAAUUUAAAAGCAGAUGACACUUGGGUCGCUGACUAUUUCGGAUCCACAGUUCGAAUGUCAACUUAUCUAUUGGCUUUUAUUGUCAGUGAUUUCAAAGGAAACGGAACUGAAAAGGGCAUUGAAUUUUCAGUAUGGAGUCGUGAAGCUGUCUUGGAUACUACGGCGUACGCUCUUGAUGUCGGACCUAAAAUACUGCAAUUCUACGAAGGCUUCUUCAAUGUAAAAUAUCCCCUACCUAAAACAGACAUGGUUGCUAUCCCUGACUUCAGCGCCGGAGCAAUGGAAAAUUGGGGCCUCAUAACUUACAGGGAGACAGCUCUUCUCUAUGAUAAGCGUUACUCCUCCGCCAGCAAUAAACAGAGAGUGGCAACAGUUAUCUCGCACGAGCUGGCUCACCAGUGGUUCGGCAAUCUGGUGACUCCGAAGUGGUGGGACGACUUGUGGCUCAACGAGGGGUUCGCCAGUUACGUGGAGUACCUGGGGGUGGCUGCCGUGCACUCCGAUUGGAUGAUGGACGAGCAGUUCGUCCUGGACGACCUCCAGGAUGUGAUGGAGCUGGACUGCCUCAAGACGUCGCACCCGAUCUCGCUGCCCGUCAGGCACCCUGACGAGAUCAACGAGAUCUUCGACAGAAUUUCCUAUGGAAAGGGCGCUUCAAUUAUUAGAAUGAUGAAAUACUUUUUAGGGGAAGCAAACUUCAGAAAAGGAUUGAUGAAUUAUUUGAAUGCUAAGAAGUUUGACAAUGCCGUUCAAGAUGACCUAUGGAAGCACUUGACAGACGUUCAAAAGGGUAACAACCCCAUCGAUGUGAAAUCCGUGAUGGACUCCUGGACUUUGCAGACUGGAUAUCCUGUGGUCACUAUCAUUCGAGAUUACAGUACAGAAACUGCGACAGUGGAACAGACACGUUUUUUGCUCGAGAGAGGAGGAGAAGGAGGUAUUUCUUCUGUAUCUCAAUGGGAAAUACCUUUCACGUACACUGACAGCUUGAACCCUAACUGGAAGCCCGAAACCAAACUGUGGUUGCACAAAACUAACGGAACAAUCAAAAACCUUCCUGGACCCAAACACUGGAUUGUAGGAAAUGUGCAGGAAGUUGGUUACUACCGAGUCAACUAUGAUGAACACAACUGGCAACUUCUUGUUCAACAAUUCCUCGACGAUCAUGAGAAAAUUCACACCAUUAACCGUGCUCAAAUCAUUGAUGAUUCUUUAGACUUAGCAAGAGCAGGGCUCUUGAACUAUCAUUUGGCACUGAAUAUCACCCUUUACUUAAAGAAAGAAAAUAACUAUUUACCUUGGAAAGCUGCUAUGCAUGGAUUUUCUUUUAUUGAUUCAAUGAUUUGCAGAAGUGCUAUUUAUGGUAAAUGGAAGAAAUAUCUGAUUGAGCAGCUGAAGCCAAUGUAUGACAAACUUGGUUGGGAAGGAAGUCCAGAUGAGAAUAUCUUAAUAACUUACACUAGAGGUAGCACACUCGGAUGGAUGUGUUUGUACGGAUAUGAAGAUUGCGUGCAGAAAGCUCAAGAAAAAUUCAAUGCUUGGAAGCAAAAUCCAGAGAACGUAGAAAUUAUCUCUCCCAAUUUGAGAAGUUUGGUUUUCUGCACCGCCGUCAAACACGGAGGAGAAGAAGCUUGGGAAUUCCUCUGGGAACGCUACAAGGCGGCUCAAAUUGCUUCUGAAAAAGAUAAGUUCAUGUAUGCUUUAGCUUGUGCCAAAGAACCAUGGCUACUAACAAGAUAUUUAAACUGGAGCCUUUCGUCGGAUUCGGGAAUCAGAAGACAAGAUGGAAGCUACGUCUUCAGGUCUGUAGGAGCCAAGCUGUAUGGUCGGGAUCUCACAUUUAACUAUAUACGAGACAAGUGGAACGUUAUAUUUGAAAGAUAUGGAAAGUCGUUUUUUGCUAUAAGUGGACUGCUCAAAUCAGUGACCUCAUCUUUGAAUACGCAAUUCGAGUUGCGACAGCUAAAGGAUUUUUACAAGCAGAACAAAAAUAACCUUGGAACAGCAAAGAGAGCGUUCGAACAAUCUGUAGAAAAUGCUGAAGCGAAUGUUCGGUGGAUGGAGACUAACUACGCCAAGCUAGUCAGCUGGCUGGAGAACACCAAUCCUUAAAGUCGAAUAUGAACAGCAAAGUAGCAUGAAAAGUGUUCAAAAUAUUGAAAAAAAAUAGUUGACUUUUGAACAAUGCUUCAUUGCCAUCCCAAACCGGAUGGAAGGAAGGAAAUGAGAUCUUGUUUCCAGCAAUGCUAUUGGGUCCCAUGGUUUGGGAACGAUUUUACACGUAAACAUUGUCCAACAUUCAUACACGCACACGGUUUUUUGUUUCAUUAUUUUUUUUAAUUUUAAUGACCUCGUUUUAGUUUGCUAGCGUACCAAAAGCGCAUUUAACAAAACCAGCACAUAAGUUGAAUUUUUAGAACCGUUAGUGAAACAGUUCCAUCAUUGCAAAUGCGAUAAAUCAAAAAGGUUAAAAAUUCUGGCUGUGGCCAGUUGAUUUCAGAUCCGCCGAGGCUUAAAUGAUCUCGUUUGUUAAAAUAAGGAUGAGGAAAGUUGGAUUGCGUUGCGAUAACGAUCUUUGGCGUUGUGCCAUUAUACGAAUGUCUCCUAUUUCAACCCAAACAAGUUCGUCCACGGUUAAGCAUCGUUACAAAAGAGCCAAAAGCCACAAAAGCAAUAAGAGUUGCAGAUACUUGUUUGGGGGUUAAAAGGAAUCUAUUCUAAUGUGUUCCAAAAAAACGUGUAUGCAAUUUGUAUCGCUAUUUGCGCAAUUAUAUCGUUGUUUAACUCCUUAGCUCACUCAGUUAUUACUCAACGCUCUAUCAUUGGCAAUAACGCGUCGAAGUGAAAUUUAUAAGGCAUUCCAAUUUCCUAAUAUGCAAUCGAUUAUUUAUACAAUAAAGAACUGGAUCUCAUCGAAUGCUACUUAUUUUUUGUUCAACCAUAGUAUGAGAGAAAAUUGUGGCAACAAUAUUAUUAUUAUAUUUAUUAAUAAGACCCUCCAAUUCUCAAAUAAAAUCGGAUAUUUGUAUACAAUAAGGAAAUGUAUCCCCCCUAAUUCGACGAACUUUUAAAUGAAGUCAGGCAUACUUUUAGCUAAACCUUAGUGUGAGAGAAAAUUGGCGCAAAGAUUAUGUGUUAUAUUAAAAUUUAUAAGACUCUCCAAAUUUCAAAUACGCUACAGAAUAUUUGUAUAAUAAAGAAAUAUAUCUCCCCUAAUGCUACUUACUUUUAUCUGAAGGCUGGCAUGAGAGAAAAUUGGGUAACAAUUAAGUGUCACAUUAAAAUUUAUAAGGACCUCCAAUUUUCAAAUAUGCAAUCGAAUAUUUAUACAAUAAAGAAGUGGAUCUCAUCGAAUGCUACUUACUUUUAGCUGAAUCCUAGCAUAAGAGAAAAUUGGGCAACAAUUAUGUGUCACAUUGAAAUUAUAAGGCCUCUAAUUUUCAAAUAUGCAAUCGAUUAUUUGUAUAAGAAAGAAAUGUAUCCCGCCUAAUGCUACUUAAUUUUAUCUGAAGCCUCAUAGGAGAAAAUUCGGUAACAAUUAUGUGUCACAUUGAAAUUUAUAAGGUCCUCUCCUCCGAUUUUCAUAUAUGCAAUCGAAUAUUAUAGCUACUUACUUUUAUCUGAAGCCUGGCAUGAGAGAAAAUUGGGCAACAAUUAUUUGUCACAUUGAAAUUAUAAGGCCCUCUAAUUUUCAAGUAUGCAAUCGAAUAUUUGUUUAAUAGAGAAAUGUAUCCCGCUUAAUGCUACUGACUUUUAUCUGAAGCCUGGCAUGAGAGAGAAUUUUGCGACAAUUAUGUAUCAAAUUUAAAGUACAAGUUGCUCCUGUUUUCUUGCACAAUCUAAGAUUUGCACAAUAAAGAAGUUGAUCUCAUUGUACUGUAAUUUUAUCUUGAGCCUGGCAUGAGAGAAAAUUUGGCAAUCAUAAGAAAUCGUCAAAUUCAGUAAAAUUAAUUUUUCUAAGUUCAACUUCUACCAUCAUUCUUUUUUUUUUUUUUUUUGAAACUCACUUUGCAUAGCUGGUCCUAUAGGGGAGAAAACUUUAGUUUUUUCUGCAUAAUUGAUGCAUAAUAUUACUCUUCUUUUUCUAAUUUUAAAGUAACACAUCUCAUCACGUUUCAAGAAUUCAUUUUUUAAAAAUCGCGUUACUCAUGUAUUUAUAAUUAUUCAGUUCGUUGUAAUAGUUCAGGUUUGCCUAAAAUAAAUGUCAGAAAAAAGCAUUGUGACGCAAAAAAUUGCAAAACAUCCUCCCCUCCCCCUACUCACACACACGCAUUUUUCUCUCAGAUUUAAUCUAGUUGUAAUACACAAGAAGGAAAAUCGGUUUAAGAACUUUGGUUAGCAAUUCCCUUGCAUCAAACAAAUAAUCACAUUUCAGCACAGCCAAGAAUUCCACAUAAAAUUUCUUUCAAAUUUAGUGGCUUUUGAAUAUUUUCGAUUAGUUUUUUUUUUUUUUUUGGAAACUUUAAUAGACGAAUAGAUGAGCAAUAGGGAACAAUUAUAUACUUUUCAAACCGUUGUUGUGCCGCUUCAA